GUGAUAAUAAACGUGUUGCACAGUCUGUCCUGACGCUCUGCAGGGACACACUGAGACGAGAGGAUCACAGAGGUGUGUGUUUGUGUGAAGCGAAGCCCGGAACCUUUGAUUCCGGCCUCUCUGAGUCUACACGGACUGUUUAGACGGGCACACGGGCGAACUGUCAAGGCUACUGCCGUGCCUGAGCCUCCUUCCCUGUCCAGUAAGGCCUGCAGGAUGGCCCAGGCAGACAGCAAGGUGCUGGUUCUGGGAGCUCUGGCUGGAGUGGCUGGUGUCAGUCUGGCUGUGGUGUGCUACAGGGGCUUUAGUUCAAAACGAAGAAGCUCCUGGCCGGGAUUCUACCUCAGCAGCAAAAAUGAACAAGGAACUGGCCUCAUGGUGGUGGAUGGCCCAGGUAUGCCCAGGGGUCAGGUUGAGGUGCUGGAGCGCCUCGAGGCCCUGAUCCAGUGUGUGUCCGAACUGAAAGAGGAGAUGAAGUCAUUGAAGAACGCUCUACCGACCCUGCCGGACCAAGUCAGGGAGGAGUUGAGGGGGCGAGAUCAAGGGAGGCGAGCUAGCCCCCUCCAAAGGACCACGCCGACACGAAGGAAAAGGGCUGCAGGCAGCAUCACCGCGGCCAGAGCAGGGGGGCGGAGCUCAGAGGAGGCAGAGAGUGAGGGAGGGUACAUAACAGCACUGACCGAUUCUGAAGAAGAUGAAGAGCUGAGUGAUGCACAGCAGAGUGAGGAGGAACAACCUGCAGACCCGCUCUCUGUCCUGCUGGAGAGGAUCGACUGUUGGCACAAGGGCACUGACUCUGAAAAAAGAGAAAGUCUCAACAUGCUUCUGGAGCACAGAGAGGAGUUUGGACAGAGCUCUAUGUUUCUGUGGCGGCUAACCCGAGCUUACUGCGACGUUCACGACAUCAGCGCCACUCUGGAGGAGAAGAAGAGUCAUGCAGAAACUGGGAAGAAAAUUGGCGAGGAGGCGGUGGGCCUGAACCCCACAUGUGCUGACAGUCAUCAGUGGUAUGCCAUCAUGUGUGGGAUCAUGGCCGAAUACGACACAGUGCAGAACAAGAUCAAGAACGGCUACAUCUUUAAGGAUCAUCUGGAUAAAGCAAUCGAGCUGAAGCCACAGGACCCCCUGUCCUACUACCUGCUGGGCCGCUGGUGCUACGCCGUGGCUCAGUUAUCAUGGAUUGAGAGGAAAGUGGCUGCAACAUUAUUUGGAGAGCCCCCAAGUGCUACCAUUGAAGAUGCCCUGAAGAACUUUCUAAAGGUCGAGGAGAUCCAUCCGGGAUAUUCCAAAUUAAACUUUGUGUUUCUUGCAAAGUGCUACAAAGACCUCGGGCAGAGGGAGAGAGCGAGGAAGAUGUGUGAAGCUGCAAGUUCAAUGAAAGCUGAGUCCAAAGAGAAUGAAGAGGCACAAAAGGAGCUGGAUGUCCUCUGCCCGGCUUUGGGAGUGUGACCUCAGCAGCAGGCGACGUAUUUUCCAUAUGCUGCUGAUAGCAUGAAUGUGUGUGAGCAUUUGUUUGUAGUGUUUAUUCAGAAGCCAUCAUGAUGAUUCACUCUGUGAGUGGAGGGUGCUGUGAGUGUUGAUGUUACCACAUUCAGACCCGUCCUCUGUGGUUUUAAAUCAGAACUUGUUUUCUUUUUUUUCUGUUUUUCUUUUUGAUAUUUUAAAAACAAACCUUUCUUGUCUGGUUGUAUAAAAUCGGAUAGCUAAUAGGUUUUCCCUCUCUAAUCUAAUCAAGUAAGUGAAACUGGAAUAAUCAUAGGUUAUAGUAAACAACUUCUGAUCGUAGCUUCUAUAUCUAGCAGGUUUGUAUAUUCUCAGUGGCUGUGUGCAGCAGCAGCAGCGUGUAGCAGACAGCCUCUCAGGUGGCUGUGCUGACACUAAAGUGUGUCUCCAGGAUACCGUGAAAACAAAAACGUGACACUCUUAAGGUGACCCACAGGACUCUCUGUUCUUCCUCUUCCGUCCUGUUUCCUUUUUUCUUUUUUUUGUUACGUCUCCAGAGAAACAUUUAAGAGGCAAUAACAAAAAAUAUCAUCAGACAAUGGUGCACCCAAACACGGAUGUAAGAAUGCCCUGACCUCAGAGCGACCUCUUCACCUUGCCUUCAGUCAGAACAACGUCAGCGCUCCCUGACUACAUUUACAAAAGCUAGAAUACUUCAGGACAGCCUGACCCGAGAUGGUCUUUGACACAUGUCCUUCGCAGCGGGAGAUUUUCCCUCUCAGUUGACAUGAUUUAAAAAAGAUCUUCAUCAAUCAAAGAUGGUGGACGAAGCGACAGCCUGACCCUUUAAUGACAGUUUUGCCAGUUUAAAUCACUGCUGCGUGUCAACGGUAAAAUGGAGCAGAACAGACAUGGCAGCUUCCUUCUGUGCAUGACGAUCGCACCGGUCGUGUGUCGUUUGCAGGAUACACUCACUUUACUUUUACUCGAGGGCUGGCAGGAAACAGUCGGCGUGGAGUCGUAAUUGCAGUGCUGAUACUGAAGUGUAUCCACGGGAUGCCAGGUUUUAUGUUCGAAAACGGCAAUACAUUUUUAGAGAUUUAUAUCGAGCUCUGACUCUCACAAUUUUGCGUCUUUAAUUGUUUUUUUAUCUGUGAAAUUUAAAGUCAGUUUUAUUAAGAGGUGUAUUACUACAAACAUUACAUGUAUCAUGAGGACUUUUUCCAGGGUCACACCAAUCAAACUGUUAAAGAUACCUUUAAAAACUGUAAUGUGCAAAGAAA